UCAUUACCACGCCCCUCGACUCUUUACCGCCGUCCACUCAGCACCACCGCACACCUCCGCCGUCUUAUACAGCCGAACGAAUCUGUCAAAUCACAUACCGUCCGCUUCUUGCCUCCACCGCUCUUUACCCCUCUACGCAUCGCCACUUUCUUUCUUUACACAUCAUGUCUCGUCGGAUACACCUGGUACUUCUUCCCGGAGCUCGAGAUUGAGAUACAGGAGGGCGAAGAGGGGGAAGUUCAAAUAUCUGAUUCAGACUUCGCCGACGAGAACUCUCUCUUCAUUCCCCUGACCUGGGCCAAGAAAUUGCCUCGUUCAUUCUACAAAGGCUCCGAUCCAGAGUGGCAAGAGUUCGUCAAGGUUUCGAAAGACAAGGCUCGCCACAAGAAGAUUCAAUGUAAUCAUCCCUUAUCGCUCCNNGAGUUGGUCAAGAUAGUCUACGACACCGCCCAAAAGCACCCAGCUUUCGUCAAACAACUCGGCCGCGACACCAAGGUCGGCCAGUGCUGGCUCGACAUCAUCUUCCCAGACGGUCCUCCUCAGGAGUAUGCUCGUGCCGGCAUCGAAGUCGGCUCUGACUAUAUCGCAUACGCCCUACAGCGCAUUGAUGCCCAGCAGCAACACCGAAUAAUCCGUACUCUAUGGCCCACAGCUGCCGCCAACGGCUUGUACAACAGCGCAAAAGUCCUUCUUGGUUUCCAGUACCAUCGUCUGGNNAAACAGUUGCUGGGCUGGGAAGUCGAUUCUACGCCCGGCAGCCAAGACGCUAAGUACCAACAAUUGCUACAGUUGUUGCAGGCCCAACAGGCUCAGCAGGCCGAACAGGCAAAAACACAAACGGGUGCUGGAACGCCAGAAGCAGACAAGUCACAAACCAGUGCCUCAUCGAUAUUGCCAUGGGCAGCCAAGGUGCCGCAACCACCUUCGAGCAUAGAAAUGCCGAUAGCUCAACACAUAUUCCAGGCUACCUUGGCUCAGGGGAAGAUGCCCAAGAAGAUGGAGCCACCCAGAGGCAGCUUCGUCGUUCAAGGAUUGAUUCAGCUUAAGGGCAGCAGAUCAAUCUUGACAUUGGAUGUACAAGCUUUCUACGACCCAAAGGCUAGCCAUUUCCUUGUCGUGAAUGCGACCCCCAGGACCAUCAAGCAGCGGAAGCAGUCACCCAAGGGCGGUAAC